AUGAAUAUUCCAGCGUCUGUUCUAACUUAUCGUAUACCUACGAAAGGAGAUUCUGCCUCGGCGGAUAUUUUCAAGACAAAAGUUUUGUACACAUUCAAUCCCGAACGAUGGGGCCCUUCUACACGCGCGACGCGAACUCCAUCGCCACCACAUCAGGCUGCGCAGCUACCACACAUUACCGACACCUCAACUCCUCCUCUAGGUAUCGGGAAUAUUCCUGCGACGUCAUCGUCCACUACGCAAGCCCCCUCGGAGGGCAUUAUAACUCUCCACGAUGACCCGAGCGCUGUCGCCGACAUAUGUUUUGUCCAUGGCUUAAUGGGAGAUCGCGUGGGGACAUGGACAGCGGAAGGGGAGUCUGAGCCUUGGCCAAAGACGCUUCUACCUGCACUGCUUGGCAAAGUCCGCAUUCUCACGUAUGGAUAUAAUGGGGAUGUGUUGUCAAACUCACCGAGAACUGGCCAAAGUCCCGCUGAUCGCGCCGCAAAUAAUCUUCUGAUUCACUUGACGAUGGAGCGAAUCGCGGGUACUCCCCAUAAAGGUUUACAGACGUUUGGUUGGGCGAGUAUUUUGACUUCAUUACUUGGGAUUUCAGCCAUCCCAAAGGAUUAUCACCUAUCUGACCUUGACUCAUAUUCAAUGUUACCUGAGGUCACCCAAGAGAGAUUCAAAGCUUUGAUAAAAGACCAGCGGGACAGGGACAGGCCGAUCGUUACGCAGUCUUUCUUUGAGGAGACGCUGGCUGGCAAGAUUGGACUCACCAUUUCAAAAGAGUCAGCGACGUUACCAGGGGAUGAACCUAUUCCCAUCAAUACCAGUCAUGAAGACAUGCCACAGGCCGAUGGCUCCAAUAACGAUAGCCUUCAAACAGGAAGGUCUCUCAACAGAGACCGACUUUCGCGUCGUAUGUUCAUUUUUCCUCCAUCGGUCAGAGCACCAGUUCAACGGCCUCCCAGCCCUCUUGAAAUCGCCGAUGUGCCCACAGAAAGACCCCCCAGGUUCAGGCCAUGCUAUAUUAUGUGUUCUAUCAUGGUGCUCGUCGUUAUCGGAAGUGGUGUUUUGGGUAUUUACUAUACAGUUCAGUUCGAUAGGAUGGGGGAUGGCUUCACGGCUGCGAGCUGGAUCGUUGCCAUAGGCGCUAUGGCUUUGGCUGGUCCGAUGGCUCGACAUUAUCCCCAUUGCUUAUGCUGGCGGCCGAAAACACCUUACUACCAUGCGAUGCAUAGAACCAGCACACUGCCAGUAUCAUGA